AUGUCCGAAGCAAAAGAACUGCAAAAUGAUGAGAGAGAAGCGCUUGUUUCAAUUUAUGAAGGCGACAGUGCUUUUAAGCAGGUGAACUCAGGAACGUAUCAAUACAAAUAUGGAGAAGAAGGCAACAAGUCGUUUCUGUUAGAACUUACGUGGACCGAAGAGUAUCCUAACGAGCUACCCACGUUCAACCUAGACACAUUUUACAAUAGGAAUCUAUCUCGGACUGUAAAGGACAGCAUUGCGUCGAUUUUACAAGCAGAAGCAGAGCAAUGGAUUGGCUGUGGGAUGACUUAUACCCUAUUUGAGUGCCUGAAGGAUAAGUUGGACGAACUGCUGACGGAUGAGAACUGCAACGCUGGCGAAGGUCAACAGAUGAUUAUUGGUACGACCAACGUACGAGUGGAAGGCGAUCAAACAAACACCGAUUCUGACGAAGAUGAUGUGCACAACGAUGCAAAGGAUGGCAAAAAGGAAUCGAAACGGGAACAUUUAACUAAGGCACAGAAACGGAAACAGUGGGACCGCGUGGAUAGCAAAGGUAACCGACAACGGGGCUGGAACUGGGUCGACAUUAUCAAACAUUUAUCCCAGACCGGGGGACGGCCGGAAUAAAGCAAUGAGUGGAGACGGUU